AUGCCUCCUGUCCCACACCAGGCCUACCCACCCAGCUCCUUCACCACAAGCCAGCCCGCUGUGCUGGUCGUGUGUGGGCCGGGGAACAACGGCGGCGAUGGCUUGGUCUGCGCCCGGCACCUGAAAAUGUUUGGCUACGAGCCAACCGUGUAUUACCCCAAGCGCCCCAACAAGCCCCUGUUUGAAGGUUUGACCACCCAGUGCCAGAAGAUGGACAUCCCCUUCCUCCCCGAGUUCCCGGCCGAGGCUGCGCUCAUCGAUGAGCUCUACGGCCUGGUGGUAGAUGCAAUUUUCGGGUUCAGCUUCAAGGGAGCGGUGCGGGAGCCCUUCGGCAGCAUCCUCAGCACCCUUGAGCACAUCACGGUGCCCAUCGCCAGCAUCGACAUCCCCUCAGGCUGGGACGUGGAGAAGGGGAAAGCAGACGGUCUCCAGCCCGAUAUGCUCAUCUCGCUCACGGCACCCAAGAAGGCAGCAAUGCAUUUUGCUGGCCGCUACCACUUCCUCGGGGGCAGGUUUGUGCCUGCCGCGCUCCAGGAGAAAUACGCUUUAAACCUGCCACCGUACCCCGAGACAGACUGCGUCCUGCAGCUGACCUAGGGCUGGGGCUCAGCAGGGGCUUGGGGUGCCGGGUUAGGCUUCGGCACAGCAGAUCGGGGCCUAAUUCUGCCAAAGCCACAGCUCUCUGCUAGGAGGAUGCUCAGCACCUCACUGGGCUUCAGUCCUACCCAGGUCUGCCAGCGGGAUUGAAGUUCACUGCAGACCAGGGCUUUGGGACCGACGGGGCGGCUGCCAGGCGGGCUCUGUUUGGGGUUGCUACCUAAUAUGAGUGCUUCUAGGUGUAGACGCGAUCCAGGAUCCCGGGGUCUGCCAUGUAUCUUGUACUUCAGGAUAGUUUCACUGCAAUAAAGAUUUAUUCAUGGCCCUAAAAAAAAUAUUUCAAUACCCUGUGGGGUCUGUCCCCUUGUGUCCCUCUGCAACAGACCCACGGCAAAUGGAUCACUGCCCCAGGGCCUGGUGGGAACGGGGGUCACCCCUCACAGGAGGCUCAGGGAGUGAAAUAAAGCUUGAUCCAGCUCCAGACCAACCAGUCCCAGCCCAGCAUCCCCAGGAAGUGAACAUGCAGCUGGGCCACAGCGCAGGGCUCCACCUGAGAAGAGCCCAGAGCAUCCUUGGGCACCCAUCAGCGCCAGCAGGCAGGAUCAGGACCCUCAUAGCCAGAUGGUACCGGC